GGUUUAAGGCAACCAAAGGCAUGGCUAGGCAAAGGACCAAAGGGUAAAGGGGGUGGCUAGCUUGGCAACCACCAUUUUUACGGCGCUGCAACGGGGAACGGUAAGUAUAUACUAUCAUUUUAUCUCUUAUUUCUGCUUUUACUCUUUCGAUUUUGGUGGUUUUUCAUUUUCAAGGGGGGAGUGGCAGGAAAUAAGGGAGCGCACAUUUAGGUGAAAAGCCGGAACAACCAAAAAAGUUUUUCACAUAGAUGUUCUUUUCUUCUUCAUUCCUUUUUUCUCUUCUUCUUUUUUUUUCUUUUUCUUCUCUCCUUUUUCCUUUUGCUUCAUAUCUGGGCGUGGAUUGUUCUUCUCUUCAUAUGGCGUUUCUUCUUUCUUUUUGUUUCUGUGAGUUUACCUGCAAGUCAAGCGAAAUCCUUUCCUCUCCUUCCUAUUUUCCUCCUCAAAAACUCUCCUUACAUUUCUAUCUAUCUCAUGUUCUCACAUAUUGUAGUAUCUCAAAUGUACUCGGCAUGUGUGGUAUUUUGUGUAUUUCCAGUUAUCGGUCAAAGGGCAGGGCGUUAUUUUCUUCUUUCUUCUUUCCUUUUUCAUUUAUUUUACAACUCGGUGCCAAGGUUCGCCUUUCUUAGAUAAAAACGUGAACACGUUCUUGGUCGGGGCG